AGAAACCCGACGGCGCGGACCCAACCUGGCUGCUGCAAUACUUGCUCUAACUUUGCCGCAGCUGCCUCCCUUCUCUCGGAACCCACUCUCCUAACCCACCCCCGAGAGGGGGAGAGAAUGUGGGAGCACUUCAGAGAGGCCUAGGCUCCGGAGAUCGGGCCAUCUGGGCUCUGAAAGUAAAUUAGUUUUCCAACUGAUGUCUGGCUCCGGCGUUACCCAGACGCCUGGAAGGUCCUUCCUGCAGUCUGAUCACCAUUUUUCCUGCUGCACUGACCAAUCAGCUCCCCUUGGCCUUCAACCUCGGGAAUGAUGGAUUAGGGGGGUCUAGAAAUGGACGAAGCCCUAGAAACGCAGCUGAAGACGAGCAGAGGACGCUUCUCGGCUACAGAAUCCCUCCCCACCUUGGAGCUCUUAUCUCAGGUGGACAUGGACUGCAGGGUCCACAUGCGACCCAUCGGCCUGACCUGGGUCCUGCAACUGACCCUGGCAUGGAUCCUGCUAGAAGCCUGUGGAGGGAGCCGCCCACUCCAAGCCAGGUCCCAGCGACACCAUGGGCUGGCAGCUGAUCUGGGCAAAGGCAAGCUGCACCUGGCAGGACCUUGUUGUCCCUCAGAGAUGGACACAACAGAGACAUCGGGCCCUGGGAACCAUCCAGAACGCUGUGGAGUGCCGAGCCCCGAGUGCGAAUCCUUCCUGGAACACCUCCAACGUGCCCUUCGCAGUCGCUUCCGCCUGCGGCUAUUGGGGGUACGCCAGGCACAGCCGCUCUGCGAGGAGCUCUGCCAGGCCUGGUUCGCCAACUGCGAAGAUGAUAUUACCUGUGGCCCGACUUGGCUCCCACUCUCAGAAAAAAGGGGCUGUGAGCCCAGCUGCCUUACCUAUGGACAGGCUGGAGUGCAGUGGCACGAUCUCAGCUCCAUGCAACCUCCGCCUCCGGGGUUCAAGUGAUUCUCCUGCCCCAGCCUCCCGAAUAGCUGGGAUUUCAGGCACAUGCCACCACGCCCAGCUAACUUUUGUAUUUUUAGUAGAGUCAGCGUUUCACCACGUUGGCCAGGCUGGUUUCGAACUCCUGACCUCAGGUGAUCCGCCCGCCUUGGCCUCCCAAGUGUUGGGAUUACAGGUGUGAGCCACCGCCCCCGGCCCCCACCAAGUUCUUUCUUACCGUGUCUAGACCCCAGAGACCGGAUUUGCACUCCCCAGGUCCCUGCUCCCACCCUUCCCUAGCCCAACCUCCUACUGGGUUGUGCCCUUUGACCCCAAAAGCUCUCUAAGUCCAGAUUUGCCCUUCCCAAGAAACCAUUCCUGCUCUGGGUCCAUCCACAGUUUACCCUGGAGGACCCAGAAGCCCAGUCACCCUCUACAAAACCCCAGCCUUGAUACAGACCUCUCUGCGCGCCCCCCCACUGCCCCAACCCUGAUUCGUCCCGCUAGGGCCCAGUAAGAACAUUCACCCUCCCCAAGGACCUGCCCCCACUCUGGUCCCGCACAUAGACUCCCAGGUCGCUCUGACCACAAUCCCUAAGGAAUUUACACAUUUUUCCCUUCCCAAGGCCACGCCCCUGGGAGAAAGAACAUGCCCCCCACGUCUCUGGACUCCGCCCACUAGGGCCUUAACUCCACUUUUUCCUAGACCUUCGCAGACGGGACGGACCUUUGUCGCUCGGCUCUGGGCCACGCCCUACCGGUGGCCGCUCCUGGAGCCCGUCACUGCUUCAACAUCUCCAUCUCCGCGCUACCUCGUCCCAGACCAGGACGACGGGCCCGGGAAUCUCCCUCCCGGCCUUCCCGCAGCCCUCGCACCUCCAUCCUGGACGCUGCGGGCAGCGGGAGUGGCAGUGGAAGCGGCAGCGGCCCCUAGCGGACGCGUGGCCCUCAGUUGGGGGAGCGUCCCUUCCCCCAGCCCCGCCCCUCAGGACACCCAGAACCCCACCCCUCGUCCUCUCGGCCUUCUGUAAUAGUUUUGAGGUAUCUGUCCCUCCUCCCUGGAGCUCCAGAGACCCAUCCCUCUCCAGGUUAUCCCAGAAAUGACCCAACUCUCUCUCUCACUUUUCCCUCUCCCCUUUGAAUAAAGUCGCCAGCUAGAGCA